AUGACCGGAAUUGUCAAGGGCAUCUGGGCACGCCGCGCGAUGCCCAUCACUGGACAGGGCGAUCCCAAGCAACGAUUGUUGGGCGAACUCGAGCAAAUAGGGCUGCUCAAUUCUCGCCGCCCGUUCGUCGACAUCCCUCGCCUUUCUCUCUCCGUCGACCACAUCGCAUCGUCCUCGCCAUUCCCAUCGCCCGGGUCGCCGUUUGUACCCCCGCCACGUCUCAGCGCGCACGAGUUUGCCCUACGCACACCGCUCCAGAUGCGCAACAACGUUCACAAAAAGCGGCCGUCGGGGAGUGAGCAGCCAUCCACGUCCACCUUGUCGCCGACAUCGGCGGUGGGAUCAAGACAGGUCGACGACGAUGUAACACCGACAACGUCAUCGAUGAAGACGGCUUUCGACCGUACGGGACCCUCGCCGCCGACAACACCCACCACGCUGAGCGAGGCAGGUCCCAAUCCGCUCACGCCACCGGCCACACCCAAGAUCACCAUCCCAGAGCCCAUAGCGAGCCCAGUUGCAGACUCGCUCCCCGAUGCUAUGCGUCCCGCUGCACUGACUCUCUCCCAGCGCAAUUCCCUCACCUCGUCUCGCCCAGCGCCCCCAAGCCCCGCGCUCUCCCGCCGUACCUCUGCUGCACUCUCACGCCGCUCGUCCACUCGCUCUCGGCGCGCAUCCAAGCUCCCCGGCGAGCCGUCCUCGUCCGUCCCGCCCACGCCCACACCCGCGCCCGCACCGGAGAAGGAGAAGAAGCGCAAGUCCUUCCUCGUCAAGAUCCGCGACUUUGCCUUCCCGCGAGGAGACGACCGCCACGUCGGCAAGGGCGUCGACGUCCCGCGCGCGAAUCGGGUGCGUCGCAGCACCGCGAGCACUUCGUCGACCUCAAGUGCGUCCGGCAUCCCCGAGGACGAGCCCGAACCCGGCUCCGGCUGGGGCAGCUUCCGGUGGAACACCCUCAGCGCACACCUCUGGCCGCACGACACCGCGCGCGAUUCUGUUGCGAGCUCGGGCACGGGCGGGCCGUCGCGCACCGACUUUGAGCGUAAUUUCGACGUGUCGUCGCCCUCGGAGGAGGUCCCCGACCCGUACGAGGAAGAGGAGUACGACGAGGAGUACGUCCAGCCGGGAGAGGAUGGCCCGCUCGUUCCGGGCCUCUAUCGCGCCAUGUUUGCGUUCGAGCCGGAGGGCACCGCCGAGAUGGCGCUGGUGGAGGAGCAGGUCGUCAGGAUCAUCAGCAGGGGCGGCGGCGUGGGUUGGGCGGUCGUGGAGAAGGAGGACGGCGGGCACGCGCUUGUCCCAGAGAGCUAUUUGGAGCUCGUGCAGGCUGAUGAGGACGAAGCCGAGGACUGA